AGGUUGUACGAGAAUCGUGUCAUGCACUUGACAUUAGCCAACGAACAGCAGUGCUUCGUCGAGGGAUGUGUUCAGAUUUUCGCACUGCACAUCACCGCACACCGUCCUCCGACGUUCGUCGUCCUCUCACCGAAUCCACCAAAUCUCAUGACACUUGCUCUUACCGAUCUCGACCUCUACAUCACGGGCUCGAUAUCAGGUCAACUACAGCUGCUGCCACCAAUUCCGAUCUCAUUCCCAGUAGCUGGUACUUUGUCCGUAAAGGCAGUUCGAGUUGAAGUGAAUGUCGUGUUGGAUUUACAGAAAAACAACGACGAUAAACCAUACAUACGAACCGUAUCAUGUUACAUCCGAAAAGGUGAUAUCAGUGCUAAAGUUGAGAAUAUGGGUCUUAUCACUGAUAUUGUCAAUUUCAAAUACAAGGAUGAAAUGGGUGAAAAGGCUCAUGAAGUACUGCAAAGAACGGUCUGCGGUAACGUAGAGCAAAUUGUCGAAGAAGAAUUCAACAAUCGCAUUGCUAAACUACCGAACGUUUUAUCGGUCAAGGAAAUGGUGCAAACGUUUGUGGUGAGUGAUUUGUGGUGA